AUGCUUCGAAAAGCCUCCAUUCCCAUUUUCACACGCGAGGACUGCGUCAAGUUGGAUCCAGAGUCGGGCGGUAGAGACUCGGUACUAGUAGUGUGCGCCGGCGGCGCCGGCCAGAAUGUAUGCAAGUACGACAGCGGCGGCUCUCUUGUCGACCAGGAAACGGGACAAGUCAUCGGUCUCGCGUCCCUUAUUAUUCCACAAGCGGGUUAUCAACUAGGGGACAUGAUGCUGUGCAACGAAGCUCCUACCCUGUUUACCAGAGUCGGCAGCCAUGUUCGUUUUAUUCUCGAAAACCUCGGGGCCUCGAAGCAGCCUUCCAAGCAGCGAGAACAGUCAGAGGCAGACAAACAGCUUCAGACUCAUUGUGGCCGCUCCGGUAACGAGAAGACGUGCAUGCGCGCCGCGUUUCGCUGUACCGGCCAAGUGGAAAAGGACGCACCUAUCCGGCAAUUCCUUGAAUUCGUUGACAGAAUGCAGGUCUGUGCAGACCAAGAUAAUGACACGGAUAAGUGCAUAGCCAAGGCCAAGGAGUGCAAGGAAAAGGACAAGUUGCCUCUAGGGGAUGUGGCCAAGCUUGCUCAGUGUGCAAAGAAAGAUUUGUAG